UCAGGUUCGAGGAAGUGAUGCAACUGAGCUAGAAACUGACUUCCAGGCACUCGCUUUAGAGACUGGUCAUCCACUUGAGAUUCCAGGGUCUGUAAAGAAGCUUCCAGUAUGGGGGAUGGAAGACAACAAACCAGAUGAUGACAAGGGGCUAUUUCUUGCAGACCAGUGGAGAGAGGGAGCAUGGAGCACUGGUCAUAACAGUGUUUCAGAGCAUGCAGUCUCGCAGCCAAUCAUGGUACAACGUCGCAGUGGUUCUUAUCCUGGGAAUGAUGCAAACUCUGUACUCUCCCCACGCUCUUCAGAAACCAGUGGGUUGGGGGUGAAGAUGGCAGAAUAUGUACUUGGGAGCUCACCUACCACCAAAGACCUGGAUUCAAGGAUGGCUCCACUUCAUGUAGAAUUAAACCAAACAGAUGGUAACAACAAAGGUAACAAUACAAAACUCUACAACAGUGACGUAAAAGAAAAAGGAAAUAAUGGUGGAGGAAUUAUACAAGCCAAUGGAAUUAUUCAGAACAGUUUGCAGAACAAGCAGUUUCUUCAAAUUGAAAUGUUUCUUUACAAUAAAAGAAUUCUUAGUGUGGAUGAUUACAACAAUCAGAGAGGUGAACAUCAGCUACUCUAUCAUCAUAGAAAUCAAACAGCUGCGCAAGGACAGCCGUUAUCCAUGAUACCCCAGCAGCAAGGACAAAGUUUGGGAGCAUCAAACCCCUACCUUGUGAAUCAGGAUCCCUAUGCCAUGGGUACAAUCAUGCCAGGCCCAGCUAUGAUGCCUCAAUAUUAUGGAAUGCCUCCUUGGGGUAUGUUUCCCACUCCAGGCCUGAUUCAAGGGAAUCAAGGGCAACCCCACGGCCCAGCUGUACAACAGCAACUUUUACGUACUAAUGGUACCCAUGCCAUGACACCCCAGGGGAAUGGAGAGAGUCUCCCUCAGGGUACAAACAAUAUACAGGGUACUGGUGGCCAAUACCAGAUGGUAGCACCCUCUUUCUAUGACCAGAAUGGUUCAUUAAUGGUUGGAAAUGCCAGAAACAUAGGUGGACCCCCUCCUAUGAGAUUAAUACCACCACUAAUUGUGAACCCCCAUCCCCAGGGAUCUACAGGCAAUUCUUCUGCUUCAUCUAAGCAGAUCACUAACGGAGGCCUGCCCAUCCUUCUGCCUGACAUUCAGCAACAACUGCAGAACCCAACGGCUAGUCACUUCUCUACUCACACCUCCAACCCUGUUAAUAGUUCUCUCUAUACAUCUGCUCCCAACAGUAACUUACCAUUCAAUCAGCAGACGGCCAACCUUUGCUACUCAGGUAGCAGUGGGUUUGCCUCUGGCCUUGGGAUGAGCCACAGUCAGACACAAGCCAGCAUGGUGUAUGGAAGCAGUCCACUAGGAUCAGUGGUUUCAUCAGGUAUAGGAUCAGGAUUGGGUAAUACCAUGGGUUCUCCUCGUCGAGACUCUCUGGACAGGAGGAGCAGUGCAGGCCUAGGAGGGGUAUUCUCUAGUAGCCUGGAAAACCAGUUUUCCUGUCAGUUGACAGCAUCAAAAAGUGGGCAGUUUUUUGGUCCCUUAGGAACAGUGACGGCUUCUUCUGGUCCUAUUGGAAUGCUUCAACUGGGACAGAGCCUCACUCCACCACCUUCAGCCAGUGUUUCAUCUAACAACUUGAACUUGGGCCCACUAAAUAGUCGCAUGAUCUCUGCAGCCUCUGGUUCCGAAGCGAAAUACAUGGUCCGGAAUGGCCCACUGGGAAACAAUAAUAUCUUUGGUUCUUCAAGCUCCAUGUUCCCCAAUCGACACCUUCAGCGAAAUUCAAGCAUAGAAAAAACCACCGGUAGAAGUCGUCUCUUGGAGGAUUUUAGAAAUAAUCGCUACCCAAACCUGCAGGUCAGAGACUUAGCUAAUCAUAUUGUGGAAUUCUCACAAGAUCAGCAUGGAUCCAGGUUCAUCCAGCAGAAGCUGGAGCGAGCAACCCCAGCAGAAAAGCAGAUGGUCUUUAAUGAGAUCUUGGGGGAUGCAUAUGGCCUGAUGACGGAUGUCUUUGGAAAUUAUGUAAUCCAGAAGUUUUUUGAGUUUGGUACUCCUGAUCAGAAACAGGCCUUAACACAGAAGGUGAAAGGUCAUGUCCUGCCUUUAGCAUUACAAAUGUAUGGCUGCCGGGUCAUACAGAAAGCACUUGAAUCCAUACCAUCAGAUCAGCAGAAAGAAAUCGUGAAGGAACUUGAUGGCCAUGUCCUGAAGUGUGUCAAAGAUCAAAAUGGAAACCAUGUUGUUCAGAAAUGUAUUGAAUGUGUGGAUCCAGUAGUCCUGCAGUUUAUCAUCAAUGCCUUUCAAGGACAGGUGUUUGCCUUGUCAACCCACCCAUACGGUUGUCGAGUGAUUCAGCGAAUUCUCGAACACUGCAACCCAGAUCAGACCAACCCAGUUCUGGAAGAACUACAUCAAAACACCGAGCAGCUGGUUCAGGAUCAGUAUGGAAACUAUGUCAUACAACAUGUGCUUGAACGUGGCCAGCCUGACGAGAAGAGUAAAAUAUUAGCUAUAGUCCGUGGAAAAGUCCUUCCACUUUCUCAGCAUAAGUUUGCCAGCAAUGUUGUGGAAAAAUGUGUCACUAACUGUUCAAGAGCCGAAAGAGUAAUGUUAAUAGAAGAAGUCUGCACUUACAAUGAUGGUGCCUUAUACAGUAUGAUGAAGGACCAGUAUGCUAACUAUGUCGUUCAGAAGAUGAUCGAAGUAGCCGAGUCUCCUCAGCGUAAGCUGCUGUUGCACAAGAUCCGUCCCCACUUUACAGCACUACGGAAAUACACUUAUGGAAAGCACAUCUUAGCGAAGCUGGAGAAAUAUCUGGUAAAAACUAAUGAUCUCGGCCCCAUUGGACCACCUCCAAAUGGAAACUUGUGACUAUUUGGGUAGGACAGAUCACCAGAAGUGUGGUUUUAGUUUCAUGUUGUUUUCUUUGUUUAUAGGAAAACAACUGUCUGGAAGGUCAGUAAAGUUAAACUGCUGACAAAGUGCAUCCAGAUGUUUAGUAGAAUUGUAUUUAGUUGAAGGGAAGAACUAGUAAGUAUUGUGUGUUUAAGUAAUAAGUCAGAAAAAGAAAAUAUGCAGCACAGUGUAAUGUAAGACACACCCACACCCUCCCUCUAGAAAUAUAUGUCAAAAAAUGGAUAUCCUAGAUUGGACCUUAAUAGCUCAGUAUACAGUAAAAGAUUAUUCCUUACCACACAUAGGAACACUUGAUUAUCUAUUUUACUAUAAUCACUGAAAUUUUCUAAACAAAAUAGUGCCAUUGUGGUACAGGUUUGUUUCAGCUUUAUUUUCUAAUGAUAUUAAUAUUGUUAGGAAAUUAUCUGCUUGUAUCUUGAUCCUCACCUUGUACAGAAACCAUGGAACUUGUGAAAAGUCAUUGUUUUUACUGUCAACAUUCUCUUGUAAGUAGGGCUUUUUGUUAACACAUCAUCACUGUUGUUUUGUGGGUAUAUGUUGGAUAGGAAGUUUGCUGCUAAGGUUAUUGAUGUGGUUUUGUAGGUCACCGUUAAGGUCAUUUCUGCAAUUUUUUAAUCUGUGUACUAAAAUGAAAUCUAAAUCAGUAAUCAGCAGGUAGGAUAAUAAUGUUAUUACCUACUUGUACCUGUCUUUUAAAGUUAGUUAAAUGCCAUAUCCCAUGAGAGAGUUAUCCAUGGCUGGUUUUGAAACUUUUAUUAAGAUGCGUAAGUGGAUUUACAAAAGAUUAGGCAUCAAAAUCAGAAGAUUAGAUUUAAGUUUUAUAUUUGGUGCCACCACUUUCUAUGUUGAAAUUAAUCAUAGUACAGUUGCAUUUGGAGCCACUUGACACGUAAAGGGUUGUACUUUCAGUGUCAUUACAGAUCUUGCUUAUAUCCUCAGUAGAAUAGCAGUGAACACGAAGAUAUUUUCUCUUAAUCACAUCUCGCUGGGUAAAAAGUGAUGCCUGAUCCUCUGUAUUGCUUGCAUUUUACAUGCGUGUAAAAAAAGCAGAAACAUUAGUAAUUUUAACUUCCAUCAAAAAAAAAGAUAUAUUUUCCAGGUUUUUUUUAGCCUGUUGAGAAAAUCAUUUGCAAAGUUCUCUUUACAUGCUCUUUGUUCUUGUAUGAAAAUUGCUUGUCAUAAAGACUCACAAAUUCUAGAUGCAAUGAAUAUGUGAAUUUUGUACAAAGUGUAUUUAUAAGCUUUCAUUUUCUAUCUACGGUUUUCUCAAAUCUUUGGACUGACAUAAACCACAUGAUAAAUGCACAUCCUUUUAAUGUGCAGGCCCAUUAAUAUUGUAGAAAUCAUCAUUUUGCCUUGACAAAAUAUAAUCAUGUCUUAACGUUUAAAACAAAUUUUUUUUUAGAGUUUCAUUGUUGUUUUCCUUUUUGCAGUGCAGCGGGAGAGAGAGAGGAUGUUACACGGUUUAAGUUAUUUUGUUUGAACUUUAUUUGCUUGUUAACCCCCCCAAUAACAGCACCAGUAUUUUGUUGAAAUACCUAUUACUUAUAAAUUUUAAACUAAUGCAUAUUUUACACAUAACAAUGCUUCUGGAGCCAAUUUUAUCAGUAAAUUCAAAACACUUUCUUUCUUUUUUUGUGCUUAUGAAUUUGAUAUUUUUGUAAUUUUUUUUUAAUAACUAGAAUAGAAUGUAACAUUCUAAAGUCGAAAAUGUGUUUUAGACUUUAUAAGCCUUCUAGACGUUAAAAGUAUGAUUUCGUUUUCAACCCCACACUGAGUGUCGUAUAAACAGUUUGACACUAAAUGGACUGUAUUAUUGAGUUGGCAGAGGACGAUCUGUGUACAAGGAAUGGAAAAUUAUAAUGUGAAGACCUGGCAUUUUAUAUCACUUGUAGCUUUGAUGCAAGUCACAAAAAUUAUCCUUUAGACAUUUCAGGUGUUACAAUUGGCUGAUAUGUUGUGUUACACAGUGUGUAUUUAAAACCAGGGAAAGUUUUGUAAUGCGUCCUGCUUGAACUAAGAUAAUAUAGUUUGGUAAGUUAGCUACUGUUAUACAAUUUAUAGUUAUUGAAACAAACCAAAUCAACAUUGGCAAAUAAUAAAAUCAUAGAAUUUAUGUACAUGAUAUACAUCUUUACACUUGUAUCUACAAGUAUCUUUACAGAUAUUUGUAUUUUUCUAUCCUAUUUUUUUAAUAUAUACAGGUGACUUUCGUUAUAUGAGGGGGUUGAGUUCCCAAGAAUUGUUGCGUUUUUAAACUCCUCUUACUCAUCAAAAUGCAAGAGCAAAAAAUAGGAUAUUACUUUAAUUUCAAAAACAUCUUGCUCUCCCGUAGAGGGAGCUGCUUCUCCAAUAACUUCUUGGUUGAAACUUGACUACCAUUCUUCAAUUUCUGAUUAUAAACCUCCUUAUAAAAGUUAAGGGAAUUUUCAACUUCCCUCUGCACCUUAGAAUUUCUCACGAGUUCUGGGUCAUCUUCGUCAAAGAUAGCCAUGGCAGCGUCAAUCAACUUGAAAGCCUGAGACUUGACUCAGAUUCCUCUCUCACGUGCUUCUUCAUUGCUCAGGUCCUCCUGGUGCAAUUCUAGCAGCUCAUCCACAUCUUCUUUAUAAUCUCCUUCAAAUCCAACCUGAUGGGCAAUGUCAGUAAUGGCUUUCUUUGAACUUACAAUUUCACUCUCCACCCUUAAGUCUUUAUUGACAUUUACAUACUCGGGCCAAAGUUUUUUCCACAUGCCAUUCGUAAAAUGAGGCAACACUUUAUCCCAGGCUUUGCAAAUAAUAUCAGUUGCCUUCUUGAUGUUAAAACGGUGGCAGACAUCCUUGAUGCUGAGCUGAUCUUCUGUUUACACUCUAAUAAGCCUGGAGAAGGUUCAGCGACAAUAUUAACUUUUUACAAGUAGCUCUUACUCCUUGAUCCAUUGGCUGGAGGAUGGAAGUGGUGUAGAGAGGGAGAAAUAACACCUGAAUACUUUUGCUGAGGUCAGUAAUGUUUGAGUGUCCUGGAGCAUUAUCACCAACAAGAAGAAUUUUGAAGAGAAUCCUCUCCUUUUCACUGUAGGCUUUCAAUUCCUUGUGUAGUAGCUUUCUCAAAAAAUGUUCACAAACAAUUGCCAAUGUGGCAUUCGUGCCACAGAUUGAUAGACCUUGAAAGGCCUUAUUUUGUAGUCACUGGAAGCAGAGUGCAGAGAUCUUUAGCUGCUUUAAAUCCAGGUGCCAUCUUCUCUUCAGUCGAAAUGCAAGUUCAACUUCAUCAAUGUUAAAUACCUGUUUGGUGUGUAACCUCCUUCCACAAUCAUUGCUCUGAAGCAUGUUGAAAAUUCUAAAGUGACACCAUGAUAUGCAGGUUCUCUAGUCAUCUUAAGAUUAUGGAAUGCACGGCAAAUAUUAAAACGGUCAAACCAUAUCCAACUUCCAGCAAAGGUUUUAGAUUUCUCUUGAAUAAAGACUCCAGAAAAAAGCAUGUUCUGCUGGUGCUGAUACUCGACCCAUUUGGCCAGCAUCCUCUCCAUUUUUUCCAUCACAUCUGAUUGAGAUUUUGUCACUCGAAUGACACUAAAAUUUAGAGAUGAUUUAGCACUCUUCCAUAUUGUAUCAGCACUAUCACAAAUGGUAGUAGAAUGUAGUCAUCAAGUCCCAUGACUCUUUGGAUAUCAAUGCUACUCUCACCUCUUUCAAACCAUUUCAGAUCCUCCAUAGAAUGGGAUUUUUGAGGCCUUUUUUUCACAUUUUCAUUCUUCGAUUCAUUAAUUUUUUCUCUGUCCAAACAGUUUCAAUGGAUGGAAAAUGAUAACGGUCUGAUAAAGAUGAAUCGAGGCAUGUCCAUGAGAAAUGACCACAUAAGAUCACAUCACUGAUAAAAGCAUGAAAAUACUGUUAUAGCACUGAAAAGUUAACAAUAAAGACAUUUAACCCUAUCCACAUGGCUGGUCAAACUGCACAUGUCAAAGGUUUUUAUUGAGUUACAUUCAAAAUUUAAAUACAUUAGUUUUUGGUUAUGUUAUACUAAUUAGUAUAACAAAAUUGUAGCUAAUAAGCUAAUAUAAGUUUAAAUUCUUUAUUUAAUAAGGCAAUAUUUGAAAAAUCUGAAAUUUCACGUAGUGCAAGAAAUGUGACAUUGUUUCUCUAAUUUAUUUACCACCCCUCCAAUGACAAUGAAAUUUAAUGUAAGUUACUCACUAUAAUAUCGUCAGUGCUUGGAAAAAAAGUAUAUUUUUAUUAGCCUUCAAUCUUGUGUGGUUACAGAGCCAUCAAAUAGAAAAUCAGUCACAACCUGUCACAUCCUCUCUUACAUUUCCAGUUAAGUUAGUUUGCAUUCUGAGAAAAUGUUUCUGUUCCCACAGAAAAGCUAUUGAAUAUCUUAGAUGAAGUUUUAACGGCUCUUGUUGCAUAGCUCAAAAGCCAGAAAAUUUGUGAUAGUUACAGGACUGCCGAUAGAGAUGCUGUCUUUUCCAGGAACUUAAUGUGCCGAAAUAAACCGCAGAUGCAUCAAAACGGCUACCAAAAACAAGUAUGACGAGAGUCACCUGUACACAUUAUGAUGUCAAAACAUAUUAGAACCUUCAGAUUACCAUCAACAUGUCUUAACUAGAGACCAACCUUUAGGCUUAUUCUUUCUUAUUAAAAUGGAUUCUUUAAUAUUUUGAUCUAGAAAAAUUGACUUUUAGAUAAAGUUUUGACAUCUAAUAACAUGUUAUCUGCUUUUAAUGUCCCUUGUUUUUUUUUAUAAUGUUAGUAAUAGCAUUGUUAGCCUUGAGGUUUUGGUUAUCAUGUAUGUCGACCAUUCUAAGAAUCCAAAGUAAAAAACAGUAAAUGAAUAGUUCUUGUUAAAAUGUUAUGGUGAAGUUUUACAGGGAAUUCAUCAGUUCACUGUGUAAGUAUUUAAAAGAUUGAUUGGAAACAAUAAGUCAUUGUUUUUGUAGACAAACUGUACAUGUACAUAGAGGAUUGCACAUAUGUCACGUAAUCUGUCAAAUACUUUGGUACUUGCCUGGAGAAGACAGUGAACUGUUACUAUAGGGGCUAAGUCUGUUUUCAUAUAGUUUCUUUUAAUUCUUGCCGUGCUUUGAAAAAGUACACGGGGGCCAGUGCUUUUAACUACAGCUUCAAGAGGCACAUGGGGAUAAGAAUGGUGAUUCCUCCUGCAUGAGUACCCAUCAUACAUCUGGGUAAAGUGUAUUUUCCGAAGACAACUGCAUAAUGCAGUUUAGACUGGAAGCCACUGAACCCCCCACUUUGGUGGAUAUAUAUCAGCUACAUAGUUGGCCCUUUCAACAGAAUAUUAACAACUGGUAACUGGGAAAAGAACUUAAAAACCAUUUUAUUAUUUUCCUCCCCACAGAAUGAUGACUAACAAACUGAUUGGGUUGGAGAUUACUUGACACACCCUAUUUAUUUGUUGUUAUUAAGGAUCAUGUGUGCUUUCUAAUCUGGCCUUCAUUUGAGUAUUAGGACUUUUAAACAGUUAAUAUUGGGCUUCCUUCCUAAGCGAACUUACGUUUUUCGUAAUCCCUAUGUUGUUUUUAUUUACUUCACACAUAAGAUAAUAAAGAGACGAGGAGAAGUAAUGUCCUCUCGCUGCUGCUGCUAGGACGCACAACUUUACUCUCUAAUUUACUGAAUUAUGAUGUGUUGUUAGUGGGUUUGGAGAAGAAAAAGGUGACCUGAUUAACUAUUGCAAUUUGAAAUUAGUCACAUUUAACAAUUCCUAGAAACCUACAUCAUGUACACCAGCGUGAACCUGUUGUAGCAGGUAAUCGGUAGUGCUUUAAACAGUUUGAAACCAGCCCACUGCCAAAAUCUUAACAGUAAAUAUCACAAUACAAUGUCCACAUUGUAUGCUAGUCCUUGAUUUGAUCAAUAGUCAGCAGUGGCAUUGUUUUUGACAAUAAAAAUUAGGUAAAGGGGUUUCUUAUAACCAUGCAUAUGGUGGAACAAGGAAGUUGUGUUACUACAACUCAAAGUGUUUUGUCCAUAAGUAGUAUUGGCUUUUGCUCUCUACAGGUCAGUCUUUUGGAUGAGUAAAAUCAAAAUUGGCAGUACUUUUUGUAUUCUGAAUUUCAACUAUGUUUAUUGUAAUAUAUAUUGGUGACAGUGCAGAAACAAUAAGUGCCAAAGUUUACACCCCUAGCCAGAGCAAAAAUUUACAAGAAAUUCCAGUCUUACAUGUUGUAUACGUUUUCUACAUGGGUGUAAUGUUAAGUUUAAUAGAACAAUACAUUUAAAAUUUUAAAUAAGGUCUGAACUUCGGAGCUAGCUAUAGUAAUUUGAAAGACGAUGCCAAGGUGUGAUAGGGUUAAACAGUACGAGACUGACUGGGACCGUAUUUAAUUUCCCAUGUGGUAAAAUAGUUUACUUCAACAAGAUGUUGCACAUAGUAUCCUAAAAUUAUCUAGAAUUUAAAGCUAAAAAAAACAAGUUGAUGCAGAUAUCUUAGUCCAGAGGGUAAGAACAUAAAACCUUGCAUACAAUCCUCCCUUCCUACAAGGGAAAAACUAGAACCAGUUAGCACAUUAUAUUGUGUUCUUGUUGCCGAUGUCACUUGGUUCUGGGAUAAACAAGAAAUCUUAAGGUAAUAAUAACUGUUGGUAAUACCGCUUUGUUUCCUUGGCUCACAACAGAUUUAACAGUAAUAGUUGUGUUUGAAGUUAUAUGUAGAAUUUUUAUAAUAAGCAUAUUUUCGUAGACACGAACAAAAUGGAUGGUUUUAAUAAUUGAAUAACAUCCUUUUAAGUAGUGUAGCUGUGUGUGUGUGUUUAGAUUAGAAAAUUUGUAGCUAGUUAUGACUUUUUUUUGUUUAACUUUUGGUAUUCUGGGCUUUGUAUAAAUAUGUAAAUUGAAACACUCAAAAUCACACUAUGUAAAAAGAGUCAAAUGUAGAAAUUCAUCAUCAACUCAAGUUUGUACAUUUGCUUCAGAAAUGUUAUGGCCUUUUGUAAAUGAGUCAUUCCUUUGUGUGCAUGGCUAAUGAUAAGCAAGCUUUGUUUUUAUUGUGGUAAACUUGACUAUUGAUGGUACUGAAAUAUGAAUAAUUGUAACUAAAAUCUAAUAAGUGCUGUUUAAAAUUGAUAUACAGAUUUUUUAAUCUGGUAUAUGUGAUUAUAUUAUGCUAGAUUUUAUGUGGGUUGAGGUACUCUAUAUUUAAAACACAUCCUUGUCCAGUUUACCAAUUAGAAUUUAUGAUUAACAAAAUUAAUGGAAACUUAUUUUAGAUGGUACAGUCUCUCGUCAAUGGCAGAGCAAUAAACUCACCAGACCUUGUGUGGUUUUACUUCAGCCAACAUCACAAUGCUGGACUUUCUUCUUAGGAAAUUAGAGUUCAAAUACAAAUUCUCUUCACUAGUAAUUGGUAAGGAUGUGUUUUUCCCCCAUAAUAUUAAUGUAAGUGUUGGAUUUUGGUAUGCUUUGUAAAUGUUGUAUUAUAUUUCAAAAUGUAGGAAAUAAAACUCGUUUUGCAACCA